AUGCGGCUGCGGGCGGCGCAGUGGCGCCGCGCGGGAUGCGCUUGCGCCGCACUACUGGCCACUGCUGCUCUCGCCGCCGCGCUCUCGUGGAACUCCAUCUUCGAAUCUGUUUUCACCUCUCAAGUAGCCCUGAAACCAGAUGCAAGAUCCUUCCGUGAUUGGGUGGCGCCGACUGUGCCUCUCUUCUUCGAGGUGUAUCUUUUUAACUGGACCAACCCGGAGAACUUCCCAGAAGAGAUUCCCGAUUUGGUGGAGUUAGGUCCGUACGUAUUCCGGGAGCACCGGCAUCACGUGAACAUCUCUUGGUUUCCGGAGAACGGUACGAUGGCGUACAUGACACAGCGGAGUUGGCAUUACGACGCGGAGGCCAGUAAUGGCACUCUUGAUGACAAUGUUACCAUCAUCAAUGUCAUUGCUGCUUCAGCAAUAUACCGUGCCAAGUAUUGGGGCUACCUUCGUCAGAAGACUUUGUCUAUGGCACUGGCCAUGUUUGGACAGGGCAUAUCAGUCUCCAAAUUGGCUGGGGAGCUCUUGUUUGAAGGGUAUGAUGACCCUCUAAUGGAUAUUGCUAAGAAUCUUCCCGCCAGCACAACAGGAGGUGCACCACCACUGGAUAGAUUUGGACUGUUUUAUGGGAGGAACAAUUCCAUUGACACCGACGGUUACGUUGAAAUAACGACAGGCGAGGUUCCCGGGGUUCUGCCAGGUCAGAUAGUUCGGUGGAAUCAUCUUGACCACCUGCCGUAUUACGAGGGAUCUUGUUCUAAGAUGGCUGGUAGUGCGGGUGAGUUUAUGCCCCACAACCUGACUGAAGAGUCCCAGCUCGAAAUCUUCAUGGGAGAUUUGUGUCGUACUGUGUACUUCGACUAUUCUGAGACAUGUACUAAUCUGGGGCUCACCUACCAUAAGUAUGAGCUGACUGAAUCCAGCUUUGAUUUUUCACCGUCAACUCCUGACCAUACCUGUUUCUGUGACGAGGAGUGUGGCUGGCGCGGCGUGAUGAAUGUCUCCGCAUGUCGGUAUGGAGCACCCGCCUUUCUAUCUUUACCACACUUUCUACAUGGGGACCAGGAGCUUCGAGACAAGGUCCAGGGCCUCAGUCCUGACCCUAAGAAACAUUCCUUCUACUUUGGCGUUGAACCGAAACUGGGUGUUCCUGUCGACGUGUCGGCGAGGUUUCAGUUCAACGUAUUCAUAGAACCUACACCUAAUAUUGCGAUGUUCGAAUCGGCUCCACGGAUGCUGUUUCCCGUAUUUUGGGUCCAGCAGAAAGUGAUGAUAGAUAACAAAAUCGCAUCGGAGUUGCGAAUGGUGCGCGCUGUAUCGGAUUGGGGCGCCACGAUAUGCGCGUGCGUCGCCCUAACAUUCGCGGGGAUCAUAACACUUGCCUCGUGCUGUAAGAAAUCUCAAUUAAAGAAACCAAAAGAUAUUAUAGUGACGUUGGAGAGGCCGAGGGACGAAGCCGAAAUGAAGUUGAAUCCUAGUGAGAAGCAGAACGCACGCGGCGGUCGAGAUUGCGCAAGACGAAGGAAAGGUCGCUCUUAA